UGGCAGCCAAGAAGGGCUGUUGCCACGCAACACCGAAAAAAAACACAACUCGGAUCCCAGGGAGGGGCGUGCUAAAAUCCAGACGCUUUUUCUGGCCCUUUUUUUUUUGUACAUUGGACGCUUGUGCUGUCGCCACAGCAAACGUUUGCAAUUAUAUGGUGGGGGGGAAAAAAACCUGCCGCCACCCGUAAAGACCCCCUCGGGUUUUUUUUUCCUACCAGGUGUGAGACGCACAUUUGGACUGCUGCACUGGUUCAAGGCUCGAGGAGUGCGGAGCGUGAAUUUCUGCAGAAAAUUGGGAGCAUCGCACAGGCUGAGUCUGCCCAAGGAUGCCACUUCCAAAGAAAAGAAAAGUGAAAAAAACAAGGAAGCAAAAGUCAUCCACUCUAGGUGAGGAGAGACACAAAGAGGCAUCGCCGGAGGCUGACGCACUGAAGCAGCAUUUGGUUCUCCAGAGAGACCUGGCCAAACAGGCAAGGAUUGACAGGGAAGGAUUCAGGCAGAGGCUGACAGAACUGGAGAGAAACCUGGAAAAAGCCCAGAAAGACAAAAAGGAUAUUUAUGAAGAGAUGAUCCGCCAGUAUCAGCAGUUUCAGCGCCAGAGCGAUAGCCAGAUUCAGCGUUUGGAAGCUGAAAAGCAGAACCUUCAAGUGCAGCUGGCUGCCUGCCAAAAAACCCUGCAGCGGAGUGAAGAGGACCGAGCAAAGAUCUCGGAGGAGAAAGACAAAGCUGUGGCUCAGAUGCAGCAGAAGGCUGAGGAGAUGGAGAAGGAAUGUGAAAGAAUCCUUCACGACAGCUUGGAUCAGGUGCUUUCCAAGCUACAAGCCACCAAACUGGGCUGGGAGAACGAGGCUACCCUCAUCCACACUGACUAUAAGAAUGCGCUAAAGGAUUUUGGACUUAACCCAUUGGAGAUCUGAAGCAGUGGUCAAGCAGAGCUAAGGAGUCGAUAGAAGAGAAGACUUGGGUACCAUGUUGUAGAACUUGCUUCCUUCUGAGUCGAUGACCAAGAGAGUCACCCGCUGGCUGUCGGAACGGAUCCUCGACACCACUUCCUGAUGGUCAAGCUCUUCGACAAUCUCGCCGUUCACCGCCAACAGACAGUCGCCUUCUCUCAUCCCUGCCUUUUCAGCGGGUAGCCCGGCAUCCAGGUCUCUCAAAAAUUGGGCUGCAGCCGGGUCAAAGAUAGGAGAGACAUUUCAGCCUCUAGCGUGAAAUGAUUCCAACGAAUUGAAAUUUCAAAGUGGUGGAAUUAAAAAAAAUUCCCCUA